GGGAUGGAUUGAAGCUUGAAACACAGAUUUUGAAUGGCAGAACCAAACUUAUCUUGGCUCCAUAUGAUGUGCAAGAGAAGACAAGUAAACAGGUGGGGAACAGGGGUAGGACGCAAAGAAAUGCACUGAAAUUAAAGCACCAACCUCAGGUCCUCCAUUCUGUUCAGAAUAACAAUGAAAAGACCGAGCAGCCGGUGCUCAAGUCUAGAGCUGGGAAAUUGGGUUCUGGGAAACCACCAACAAAUGUUCUUAAGGAACUUGAAAAUAAAAAGCUUACUCCUCUUGUUCAGCAAAAUGCGCAGCAGACGAAGGCAGAUGUUGGAAAGAUCAAACCUGUGUCCAAAAAGCUCUCUAAUGUGCCUAGACAAAGACCUCAGUACAAGCCAGUGAUCACUGCUGACAAUCUGAGGGAGAGUCUGGUUUGUCUCACCCAGGAGCAGUUCCAACAGAUUUUAAUGACCAUCAACCAGAGUAGUAAGCCAAAUGUACAGGAACAGACCUCUGACAAAGAUACACAGGAGAUAGAUGAUCAGAGUGUUACACCACUUUUAUAUACCAAGGAGGAGGAUGCUAAUCCUGGAGUAGCAGAAAAGGAUGAAUCACCCUUAGUCAAUCAGCCAAAAGAUGUGCAAGCGGGAAGCUUGUUCAGUACCCUGGGAGAACGUGAAAAAAGACAAAAGCCUGCAAGAGGCAAAGAAAGCUCAGUGGAAGCGUGAGCUAGAUGAACAGGUGGCCCUAAAGAAGAAACUGAUGGAAGCUGAUCAAGAUGGAAUCAACGUUAGGCAUCAUGAGGGGAUAGAAUCAUCUGUUUCAGAAAGGACACCUUAUUCUGAUCUUCCAAAAAAUACACCCCUGAAUGAUUACAGUACUCCAGAUUCCAUGUUUAAGACAUCCCCUGGCACAGAGACAACUGAUUACUCACCUGUUGAUAGAGCUUCAAGUUUCAGCUCUCCAGAGCUCCCUGCCGCCAUCCGGAGUGCAUUUGUUCUGGGGGAAGCAGCACCACUAGAUCAUCCGUUUAGUGCUGUCAAACGGCAGCAGCAGAAGAAGUGGCUGGAAGAGCUGAACAAGCAAAGGGAGGAAGCUGCACUACGCAAAAUGCAAGAGAAGCAAAAGAUUCAGGAGGCUGAGCAGCCAGAUCUUUGGACAAUGCACUUUGAUUCAUUUAAGAAGGUGGCCAAUAAUCAAACUCCUGUGCAUGAGAACAGUGAUAAUUUCCAGCUGCCUGAAAUUACUCCUUCCUCUUCAGAACCAGGACCAGCAGAUCAUCAGCCAGCUCCUGCCAUAAUUAAUCUGCAACAAGAACAGCCAGAAACAAGGAGGUCAGCAGAGGAAGAAUAUUUUCAAAGUCAGAAAGCUGGGUUUCUACGUACCAUGACAGCCCUGUUAGAUCCUGCACAGAUUGAAGAAAGAGACCGGAAGAGGCUGAAGCAGCUGGAACAUCAGAAAGCUAUAGCGGCUCAGGUUGAAGAAAAGCGCAAGAGAAAACAACUGGAAGAUGAACAAAGACAGCGGGAGGAGCAAGAGGAAGAGCAGCGGUUGGCAAGAGAACAGGCGCAGUUACAGAAGCAGUACGAGGAGGAUAUGUAUCGACAGAAACAGAAAGAGGAGGUUUUAAGCUUGAAGACCAGGGAACUCUAUCAAAGUAUGCAGAGGGCCCAAGAGGAGGCUCAGCGGCUGAAGCAGGAGCAGAGAAUGCGUCAUUUACUGCAGAAAGGACAUGAUGUAUCCAACCUGCAGAAGAAUGCAGCAGAUGAAGCCAUCCAUUUGGAUCUCAGCCAGGCUGCUACUUGCACCACUGAUGUUAUACCACAGGGUUCUCGCAGCGAAGCCAACAGUGUUAUGUUACCAAGUGUUACAACACUAGUCUCCCCCAGGAGAGACACCGCAGUGCAGACAGAUGAUCUGGGUCCUGGGAUAAAGCCUACAUCUGUUUCUAAUGGGUUGUCCUGGAGACAAAAUCAGAAUGCCUCUCCUGAUAUACCUGUAGAAUUCACCUACCAGCUUUCAAAGGCUGAACAGCCUGGGAUAAAGGUAAAGUCUCAAAGAGACAGGAAUGAAUCUACAAAAGAAAACACAAUCAGUGACAUUUAUGACCAGUAUGCAAGAAAUGAAAAGCAGGCCAGAGAACCUGGCCGAAAACCUGACUGGAACAGAAACAGACCUCAAAAGAAGUAUGUCCCAGCUUCUGAGAGAUACCCCAAAGGACUGCAAAAACAGAGAGAGGAAAGUAAAGUAAGGCGACAGAUGGAGCUCCUUCAUUUGGUGGAAAAAAACUCUUCCAAUAAACCUCAAUGUCAGGAAAGACCAUUCUCCAGAAAGGUCCCCUGUUCCUCGUGAGGAAGCCAAAAUCUCCUACCCUCCUGAGGAAAUCAGACAUGCGCCUGAAUCCCGAAAGGAGGAAAUAUUUCAGAAAGUUGACUCAUAUUUCAGAAGGUCUGACUCGCCUCCAGUUCCUGCAGUGAAAAAUCGAUUACAACAAGCUCAGAGGAGAUCAAACAAAACUCCUGUCCCUAUAGUUUACAGUGGGAAUCCAAUUUCUACCCAAAUUAAUCUAUCUCCAGAAAUGGACAAGCAAGAAGCCCAUAGACCACCUUCUUCACAAUUUGUACCAUAUGUUAGGACAAAGGAGAUCUAUUAUCUGGACCCUGAUGCUCCAAUAUCAAGACCAUCAACACAUGACCCCCAGUACAAGCGAACUGCUGGUGACCAAGAAUCUCGACAAAUAUUCAGCUCUGACCAUGCCAGGGACCCAUUGCUGAAUCCAAAUGUUGUCAGAAACAAGGACCGACAGCAAGCAAUACUGAGAGGGCUGUCUGAACUAAGGAAGGGUUUGCUUCAGAAACAAAGGGAACUAGAGACCGGCUUAAUGCCUGAUGUUUAA